UCUGAGCUAGCAGGGAAAUGUCAGAAAUAAUGAACUGUCAGUGCAAGUUUCUUUUGUUCCCUUGAAAAUAGAAAAUUAAUAAUUUGAUGAAAUUUCGUUUACAAUUCUCAACAAAAUUUUGCCACAAAUAAAAUUGAGCACAGCUAAAAUUAAAAAGCGACCACCAAAUAUAGCCAAAAGAGAGAGUGAAUUCGGGUAAAUAAAUUGUAAAAACGAAAACAAAGUAUUAGCUGCAGUAAUCAUGGCCAACAUAACGGUUGGACAAAUUAUUAUGGAUGCACAAAGAAUGGCUAGUCGUGUCAAAGAAUUAGACGCCCUAAGCAGUGCACUUCUAGAAGAGGCCGAAGGUAAUAAUCGUUUUGUUGAAAGUCUUCGACAGUUUCAAGACGACAUGGACUCAUUAAAUCGAAUUGCCAAUAAUAAGUCCAACGUCGAUAUGGUCAAUCGCAUACAGCAACAAAAUGCCAAUAGUUCAGAAAUUCUAAAAGAGAAUCGUGAGCUAAAAGUCUGCAUCGAAGACUACGAGCGAGCCAUGGAACUGAUAAUGCAAAAAUAUAGAGAACAUACUAAUAGCAAAGUUCUGGAAAGCAAACUUAACUUCAAGGAGGUUUACAACGAUAAACUGUGGAAAAUCAUACGUGAACAAAGGGAGAAAAUCAAUGAAAUGGCAGCCGUAAUGCAGAGGGCGGCCAACAUAGAUGAUGAACAUGACAUCAAUGUAAUAACGCGUUUACGUUUGGAGAACCAAACUUUACGUGAAUUGUUACAGAUAUCCAAGCAGUUUGGUUCAUACAAUCGACCAAUACGUUUCAAUGACCAUUUGCUGGAAGAGAAAGGCGUACAAACUGAUUUAUCUGCUGACGAUUCGGCCGAUGAGCUUUCUCUUUCGGGAGCUUCCAUUGAAAAUGCCAACAAUAAUUCUGUUAUUCAACUCAAUAUAAGCUCUACAUCAUCAACAUGCACAGCAGGUCAACCAAUAACAGAUAAUGCUAACUCGGUUGCCUCUCACAGUGGACUUGUUGGUGAUAACAACAAUGUGGUUGCUGUAGCACCACCAUCAGCUUCACCUGCCACUGAUAAAAUUAGUUCUACUGCCUCCUCUUUGACUGCAACAGCUGGAAGUGCCGCAGCAGCAGCAGUAGAUGAGAGCAAUUUGGUGACUUCAACAACAGUUGAUUACAAUAAUUUAAAUGCUUCUGCUGGUAUAGAAGCAACUACCAACAAUACCACCGCUAACAUUGCAGCAGCAGCUGCAACAAGUAAUUUAAAUGCAUCUCCAACAAAUAUGAAUGUCAAUUCAACUGCCAGUGCAACAUGAUAUUAUUGUAUAGCAUCAAGUUAAGAAGCAUUGUCCAUCGAUCCAAAAAAACGCAUUAUCGUUUUUUUUAUUUUAUUAAUGUUUAAUUCAAUUCUAAUCAAGCAAUGUAACAAUUUCACUUUCAAUUUAUUUACAUAUAGAUUUUUAUAUUAUAAUUUAUUAAAUGGAGAAACAUUAUAAGUUAAUUUCUAAUAGAUUAGAAGGAACUCUAUUUUAUAUAUCUAAUCACACUCACACACCACACACAAAGAAACACUUAUGCUUAAAACCAAUAUUUUUGUAGCGCUCUAAUUAUAAUCACAACUAAAAAUCUAUGAUUCAAUCAAUCUAACAAUCAUACAUUCAUUCAUUCACUAACUCACUCACUACUUACCUAAAAUUAAACAUCCUUCUAACAAUCAAUUUUCUAACAAAGAUAUGUAAUUUUUGUUUAAAAUAAAAUAUAUAAUAAUAAUUUAAUAUUUAGAUAGCACUUGAUACACAUGCCAACAUAGUUAACUUAAAAAAGGCAGAUGGACCGACAUUUACAGACAGACACGGAUGGUUAUAAUAAAUUAUAUAAAUAUUAAAUUAUCUUUAUUAAUGAUCCAAAAAAACGAAAAUGUAAACAUAAAACCAAAAUAUACUUAUUUAUUUAAUCUGGUACUAUACAUAAAAUUAAACAAAAGAAAACUUGAAAUAAUGAUAAAAUGAAAGAAAAUUUAUACCAAUUUUAUAUAAUUGGAAAAUUAAUUAAUUUCUUUCAACUAGGUCACAAUUAUUAAUUUGUAUUUAAAAUAAAAAAACAAUUAUUACAAAAAACACUUGCAUACAUACAAAAUAUACUUACUAUACUCAUUCAUACAUAAUUAUACACGAAAUAUAUAAAAUCACAUCUAAGCCCCAAAACACAAUAUGUAGAAAUAAUUUCCUCCAUCAAGAUUUCAAUAAAACUAAUUUAAAUAAAUAAA